AUGUCUGAAAUGCAAAAGAAAAUGGACAAGUUAGAAAAUACUAUGAAAGAAGAACAAAAUAAAAGACAAGGAUUAGAAAAGGAAGUAUCAGAUCUAAAGGAACAGUUGAAGAAGAAAGACAAAGAUGCUGAUUGGACUCAAGCAAGAAUUUCGCAGGCCAACCUCCUGCAAGUGCCGGGGACCAGCCGGCAAUCGUCUACACCACCGUCCUCGCCAACUUCAAGGAGGCAAUCUCAGGUAUUCGGCGUUGCUGCCGACGACGACCUUGACUCUUCGGAUGACGCAGAUGCCACCACCGAUCCCCCCAGCCCCCCUGUGUCCCCCAGUUCACCUGUACAGGUAACUAUAAUUCCACCUUCAGCCUCUCCCCCACCACAGGUUAAUGACACGGAUGCAGAUGAUGAUGUUCCCCCACCCAACUCUCCCGUCGCCGGACCAUCCACCACUGGACCAACAACGACCAUCGCCUCUGGACCUUCAACAACCACCACCACCACCCACUGGACCUGCAACAACAACCACCACCACCUCCGGACCAUCGGCCACACCUCCUCCUGCCCCAGCAGCCCUGCAGGCAGCCCCUGGUGGUGCUCAACUGCCGCAGCCUCGACCGGCCAGGCGGCGCCAGUGGGCGCUCGUUGCUGA